GCGACGGCGCGCCGUAGGUGUCAUGAGGAAGAUGGCGGCGUGCUGAGGAGGCUGAGGGCUAUUGAACCCUUGGUGAGAGGUUUCCGUACAGAACCGGCGAGGGGUUUGGGGCUCUCUUCGCUCUUUUCCUGUACUCUGUUUCCACGUAUGUGUCCACCCAGGUCCUUGGGUAGGAUGUGGCGAAUCUACCCUCGGUUGAGGGAUCGGUGGCGCGGUCUCUUGGACCGGCCUCUCAGUGACCCCACCGUCUCAGUGUGGCCGGGGCCAGCUCCGCGGCCUCGGGCCCGGGCCUACGUCCCGCCAACAGAAAGGAAGAGGUUUUAUCAGAAUGUCAGCAUCUCACAGGGUGAAGGUGGCUUUGAGAUAAACCUGGACCACAGAAAGCUGAAAACUCCCCAAGCCAAGCUUUUUACUGUCCCCAGCGAAGCCCUGGCCAUCGCAGUGGCCACUGAAUGGGACUCUCAGCAGGAUACCAUCAAGUUCUACACCAUGCACCUGACCACAUUGUGCAACACAUCCUUGGACAACCCAACCCAGCGAAAUAAAGACCAGCUGAUCCGGGCAGCUGUGAAGUUUCUAGACACUGACACCAUCUGCUACAGGGUGGAAGAGCCAGAGACAUUAGUGGAACUUCAGAAGAACGAAUGGGAUCCCGUCAUAGAGUGGGCUGAGAAAAGGUAUGGUAUGGAGAUUGGCUCCUCCACCAGCAUAAUGGGACCCAACAUCCCUACCCAGACCCGAGAGGUGCUUACCAGCCACUUGUCCUCUUACAACAUGUGGGCUCUGCAAGGGAUUGAGUUUGUAGUGGCCCAGCUCAAAUCCAUGUUGCUGACUUUGGGCCUGAUUGACUUGCGCCUGACUGUGGAACAAGCUGUGCUUCUGUCACGCCUGGAGGAAGAGUACCAGAUCCAGAAGUGGGGCAACAUUGAGUGGGCCCACGACUAUGAGCUCCAGGAGCUGCGGGCUCGCACUGCUGCUGGCACCCUUUUUGUCCACCUCUGCUCAGAAAGCUCUACAGUCAAGCACAAGCUCCUUCAAGAGUGAGGCCUGGGGUGCACACGCUGUCUGGAAGGAAUUGCACAGACACAGGCUCCCUGAUGUGGGCCUCCUUGGCUGUUGGACCUCUGGAUCCAGUGAUGCUCUGUUGGCCGGUACCUAUUGGGCUUUCUCAACCCUAUACCUGUGGGGCUACCCAGCCUGUACCUGGGUCUUCCCUGACCUGUGUGGGUUGACCUUAUAGAGAAGCAUCCUGAGAAGCCCUGGAGACACAGUGCGCCUGACUUGAGGUCAGAUAGCUUCCGAUGCAGGCGCCCUUAGCCUGACCAGUAGUGAGGGAGGAAGACAAGUGGUAUAGGGACUUCUCUUGACCCUGAUUUUAUUAAAUAUUUUUUUAUUCUGGAAAUAUAUCAAGCCUCAUUUUUAUUUGAGCCUUGCCAUUUCUCCAUUCUUUUUGUUUUAUCUGAGCUCUGUCACCAUUAUUACAUCUGCUACUAAUGAUUAGGAAGCUCAUGGGGAGGGCAGGAAGAGCAUAUCGCCACAUGCAAGCCUUUUCUGUCUUCAGCCUGAAGGCCCUCCCCACCCCACACCCCCUGGCUUUUCAUCAAAUGAUCUUUUAAAAGUGAAUCUUUGGAGGGCUGGAGAGAUGGCUCAGCGGUUAAGAGCACUAACUGCUCUUCUGAAGGUCAUGAGUUCAAUUCCCAGCAGCCACAUACUGGCUCACAACCAUCCGUAACAAGAUCUGGGGUCCUCUUCUGGAGUGUCUGAAGACAGCUACAGUGUACUUACAUAUAAUAAAUAAAUAAAUCUUUUUUUAAAAAAAGUGAA